GGACCAGCAGGGGUAUCCUCAGAGUUCGGUUCUCUCCUCCGCAGCCUGCACGAAACAGCCCGGGAUGGCCACCAGGUUCCCGACAGCUUCGUGUUCGGGGUUGUUGUCAUUCACGGAUAUAUCUAUGCAGUUCAGCUGGGAAGAGUGGCAGCUGCUGGAUUCUGUGCAGAAACACCUGUAUCGGGAUGUGACUCUGGAAAACUAUAGUAACCUGGUGGCUAUAGGGUAUCAUGGUAACAAACCUGAUUUAAUCUUCAAGUUGGAGCAAGGAGAAGAGCCAUGGAUCAUAAACUCUAAAGUUUCCCAUCAGAGCUGCCCAGAUGGUUGGGAAGAAUGGUACCAGAAAAAUCAUGAUGAACUUGAAAGUGUUGAGAAAAGCUAUGCUUGUAAUGCAUUUGGAAAACUUCAUCUGAGCAAAAGCCACAUUUCUUCAAGACAAAGAUUCCUUAAAUAUAACACACAUGGAAGAAGUUUGACACAAAAUUUAACUUCAGCCACAAGCUGCCUAAGAAAGAAUGCUGAUCAGUUUCAUGGGUAUGAAGAAUCAUAUUUUAUUAAUCAUCAAAGAACUCAUAGUAUAGAAAAAAACUGUAUAUGUAAUGAAUGUGGGAAAGCUUUUCGUUGUAAAUCACAGCUCAUUGUACAUCUCAGAAUUCAUACAGGAGAGAGACCAUACGAGUGUACUAAAUGUGAAAGAGCCUUCAGUGCCAAGUCAAACCUCAAUGCUCAUCAGAGAGUCCAUACAGGAGAAAAGCCCUACUCCUGUAUCGAGUGUGGGAAAGUCUUUUCUUUCAGGUCACAACUCAUUGUCCACCAGGAAAUUCACACAGGAGGGAAACCUUAUGGUUGCAGUGAAUGUGGGAAAGCCUACAGCUGGAAAUCACAACUGAUUUUACACCAGAGAAGCCAUACAGGAGUGAAACCAUAUGAAUGCAGUGAAUGUGGGAAAGCCUUUAGUUUGAAGUCACCAUUCAUUGUGCACCAGAGAACUCAUACAGGAGUGAAACCCCAUAAAUGUAGUGAAUGUGGGAAAGCCUUUAGGAGUAAGUCAUACCUCCUUGUUCACAUUAGGAUGCACACAGGAGAAAAACCCUAUCAAUGCAGUGACUGUGGCAAAGCCUUCAAUAUGAAGACACAACUUGUUGUGCAUCAGGGAAUUCAUACAGGAAAUAAUCCUUAUCAAUGCAGUGAAUGUGGGAAAGCCUUUGGUAGGAAGGAACAGCUCACUGCACAUCUGAGAGCGCAUGCGGGAGAGAAACCUUAUGGAUGCAGUGAGUGCGGGAAGGCUUUCAGCAGCAAGUCAUACCUCGUUAUACACAGGAGAACACACACAGGAGAAAGACCCUAUGAAUGUAGUUUUUGUGAAAGAGCCUUUUGUGGGAAGUCACAGCUAAUUAUACAUCAAAGAACUCACUCAACAGAGAAGCCCUAUGAAUGCAGCGAAUGUGAAAAAGCCUAUCCCAGGAAGUCACAGUUUAUUACACAUCAUAGAACUCAUACAGGAGAGAAACCUUACAAUUGUAGCCAGUGUGGGAAAGCCUUCUCCCAAAAGUCACAGCUAACAUCCCAUCAGAGGACACAUACAGGAGAGAAACCAUAUGAAUGUGGUGAGUGUGGGAAAGCCUUCUCCCGGAAGUCACAUCUCAUAUCACAUUGGAGGACACACACAGGAGAGAAACCCUAUGGAUGCACUGAGUGUGGGAGGGCCUUUAGUGAAAAGUCAAAUCUCAUCAAUCAUCAAAGGAUUCAUACAGGAGAGAAACCUUUUGAAUGCAGAGAAUGUGGGAAAGCCUUCAGCAGGAAGUCACAGCUUGUCACACAUCAGAGGACCCACACAGGAACAAAACCCUAUGGAUGUAGUGAUUGUAGAAAAGCCUUCUUUGAGAAAUCAGAGUUAAUUAGACAUCAAACAAUUCAUACUGGAGAGAAACCCUAUGAAUGCAGUGAAUGUGGGAAAGCCUUCAGAGAGAGGUCUAGUCUUAUUAACCAUCAGAGAACCCAUACAGGAGAGAAACCUCAUGGGUGCAUCCAGUGUGGGAAAGCCUUUUCUCAGAAAUCUCACCUCUUAUCACAUCAGAUGACACACACAGGAGAAAAACCCUUUGUAUGCACUAAGUGUGGGAAGGCCUUCAGCAGGAAAUCCCAGCUUGUCAGACAUCAAAGAACUCAUACAGGUGAAAAACCCUAUGAGUGCAGUGAAUGUGGGAAAGCUUUCAGUGAAAAAUUAAGCCUUACUAAUCACCAGAGAAUUCAUACAGGAGAAAAACCGUAUGUGUGCAGUGAGUGUGGGAAAGCCUUUUGUCAGAAGUCACAUCUCAUAUCACAUCAGAGGACACACACAGGAGAGAAACCCUAUGAAUGCAGUGAAUGUGGGAAAGCCUUUGGUGAAAAGUCAAGUCUUGCAACACAUCAGAGAACCCAUACAGGAGAAAAACCUUAUGCAUGCAGGGAUUGUGAAAAGGCCUUCUCCCAGAAGUCACAGCUCAAUACUCACCAGAGAAUUCACACAGGAGAGAAACCGUAUGGAUGCAGUCUUUGUCAAAAAGCUUUCUUUGAAAAAUCAGAACUAAUUAGACAUCAGAGAACUCAUACAGGAGAAAAACCUUAUGAAUGCAGUGAAUGUAGGAAAGCCUUCAGGGAGAGAUCAAGUCUCAUAAAUCAUCAGAGGACACAUACAGGAGAGAAACCCUUUGAAUGCAGCGACUGUGGCAAAGCCUUCUCUCGAAAGUCACACCUCAUACCACAUCAGAGGACACACACAGGAGAGAGACCCUACAGUUGCAGUGAAUGUAGAAAGGCCUUCUCUCAGAAGUCACAGCUUGUUAAUCAUCAGAGAAUUCAUACAGGAGAGAAACCUUUUCAAUGCAGUGAGUGUGGGAAAGCCUUCUCCCAAAAGUCACAGCUUAUUAAUCAUCGGAGAACUCAUACAGUAAAGAAAUCCUGAGAAUGGUGUUAAUGUUAGUCUUUGACAGAGAUCUUACCUCAUCAGUUAUGGUAAAUCUUUCAGAUAAUAGUUACAUCACAUUAUAUGUCUAAAUACACUUUUAAGUUAGGAACUCCAAAUAGGUUAUGUUGGGGAAGCUUUCAGCAGAUUAAUGUGUUUAUUAUAUUAGAAUUCAGAGGGAGAAUGACCCUAUGAAUUGCAGUGAAUUUCAAAAACCUUUCAAACCUUUUACAGUAGAAAAUUAACAGUACAGAAGAAUACUGUGACUAUCAGAAAACUUUCCAGAGAUCAAAUUUCAUUUGCCAUUGGAAAAAAUUCCCACUGAAAGUGAAUCCUAUUCCAGUGAGUUAAGGAAAACUUCAUGAAUACAGCAAGUGAGGUGAUAUUUUCAUCAAGAAAUAACAGCUCAUUGUACAUAAGAAGAUGCCCUCAGGAAUGAAUUCUUUGAAAACACUAAAUAUAGGACAGUCUUCGGCAAGUAACCCCACCAUAUUGUAUCCUGUGGGUAUACCUAACAGUUUAAAGACACUAGAAAUACAUGCCCCUAGAAAUAAUGCUAUAAUGGAAAGCCACGCACUGUUUAUAGACAUGGGUACCAAAAAUAACUGGUUCUAAAUUAUAUUAAGGCUCAAGUAUGAAGUUUCUAAAAAUGUGAAUAAAUUGAGUCAUUGGAAUACAAAAUUUCUCCGUGGUAUAUAAUUAUGACUUAUUUUCCUGUGUCACAGGCUGUGUUUUAUAUUUUGGAAUUACAUAUGGUAAUGUAAUUGGGAGCAUGAGAUGUACAUGCCUUGUAGUGCCUCUGAUGUCUAUCAAGACAUACCAUGUGCCACUGGUUUUUCUAUUUUAAUAAUACUAUAAAAAUGAUGACUCGUAGGACAUGUCUUACUGCUCAAUAAGUAGCAUGAGUAAUAUCAACACAUUUCCUCAUGAUUUGUUAGUUUAUAAAAGGCUCUAUUAUUGUCACUGACCUUUCUCUUUAGUAGCAAAAGCCAACAUUAUAUAAAGUCUUUUGGAUCCUAGACUCUGAGAAACAGUUUAUAGAAAACCUGAUUAAUAAGUAUUCUAGUGUAGAACUGCAGAAUGGCACAAGUAAACUGUGAGGAGUAUGAACUGUGGCUCUGCACUCCUGCUUAGUGGCAUUAACUUGGAGCAGAAUGCCCUCCUUGUGUAAUGAGGUGCCUCCAUGCAUCCAGUAUGUGUAUCUUAAGUGCUAUGUCACCCAAAUACAACUUGUAUUUUAAUUUACUGUGA